AAAAACAGGAAACAGGAAGAACAAAAAAUGUUUUAUACAAAAAAAAUCAUCAUUGUCAAUAGCAACAACAUCAAUCAAGCGGACGUUGCCGUUAUCGUUCACGUUAUUAGAUUGCUUUCACAAACACCCGCUAAUCACAAAGAAUCACUUUAACAACUAGUAAAGAUAUCGAUAGAUAAUAUAACAAUAAAAAUAUAUUCAUCCAUAAGAACCAAAGUCAUUUGCGGUUAGUGAAAGCGCUUAGAAUUUGGAAAAAAAAAAAAACAGAAAAAAAAACCCGGACGGAACACAAAUGACACCUGCUUGACUCGUUUUUCGUGUUGUUGUUGCUUCAAAUGGAAGGAGAAAUUCAUAAAAGGCCAGUAAGUGAUCAAGAUGAUGAAGUGGAAGAGAAUAUUAACUUAUGGAAUUCGGAAGGCACGGACAGGGAAGAAAAGAUGGAGGAGGAAAAGCACACCGGGGAGCCAGAGGAAUCACAAGGUCCGCUUAAAUCGGAUAAAGCUGUUUCCACAGAUGGCAUCAAUUCUUUGGAGGAUUUGCAAAGGGCACUUACCUAUGAGGCCAUUUUUCACAGCCUCCUCGAGAAGAAAAUGCAGGCUAUGAAACGCGACUGCGAAGAGCGUAAGCGAGCUAAACGGCUUAAACGGAAAUCUAUUGGUAGAAUGUUUUUUGCCCGGAAGCUAUUCAGCAGUGUUGAAUCGCGUCAAAAUUCAACGCUUAGUGAAAGCGGCGAAGAUCAAUUGUGUUCGCGUACGGUACCCACAUCACCACACAAGACAAAAUCGCCUAAAACUGCCAUAAGAGAUAAGGCUUACAAACGCCGAAAAUCUGAUGAAAUCGAAGUGGCAUCGAUUACAUCCCUUACUCAAAGUCAAAGUCGUUCUCAGGGGUCGCGAACGAGAACCAAAGCGAAAACCACUGCCAGUGCUAAGAGAUUACCACAAUCUGCGCCUUUGGCUGAUGAUAGUGUGGCUAGCACUCUUAGCAAUUCCUCAGAAAGACAAAGUGUCGACCAGAAAUUGGCGCAACGGCAUUUACUGGUCCACGCUCAGACUCAUACGCCGAUCGAUGCGGCCGUUUCAAGUUCCUCGGGCGAAUCGAAAAAUGCCCCACACACCAAUGGUAUAUUAACUAGCUCUGCUGUACCCUCCGCUUCCUUCGUUGAACGCAGCUAUGAUACAGCAUCGUUAGGUAGUGGUUAUGAAAAUGGUACGGGCGCUCGUUUACAUUCCUCCACUUUAGCUGACGGUAGUUUGACAUCUAUACGUGAUAGCAUUGAGAGCUUAUCAUUUGCUAGUUCCCGGUGCACGGUGAGUUUUGGCGCAACUGAAAUCAUUCCGGAAAUCCAUAGGGAUACUUUGUUAUACGAUCGCAUUCGAGCGGCAAAGCGUCAGCGUAUACUUGAAGCCAAAUCAAUUAGUGCACAAUGCAGCCCAGAGCUGCCGCCACGUCUUGUUUUAAAGACUCUUAGGGCGAUGCCCGAAAACGAUACAGCUUCUUCACUUACCAUAACUGGAGAAGAAAAUCAAAAAAUGAAAGAUAUAAGACAUAUAACUGCCACUGCCCAGCAAACCAAACACGCCCUAAGAACUCAACCCGCAACUAGUGAAGUCGCCAUAGCGUUACCACCUAGCAAGUCGAUUGUGCUGCCGCAAAACUUACUGCGCGCCGAUAGCGAAAAUCGGUCGGAAAAAAUUGAGAAAGAGCUUGCAGUACAAUCACGCGACAUAACACGUCAAAAUACUUCAGAAGAUAGUGCAAAUUUAACAAUAAGUACUUUGUUAAAUCAGAGUGAUUCGUUGUCAUUGCACGGUUCAAGAGUUUGGCCUACAGUUGAAUUGAAUGUGCUUGACAAACCUGUAACAUUGGGUGAUCGUUUUAAAUCAAAAUCAACCAGUUUAUUAGCCGUUUUGAGUAAUGGCCGCGCCCGACCGCCACCCUUGCCACCACCACCCCUGGAAUCCGCUACAGUUUCGCCAGCUGCUUUAUUGUCGCCUACCACUCUCACACGUAGCGCAUUAACCGUCGAACAGCUGCAUCAACAUCAAAGCGAUUAUCAUCAACGUUUAGUGAAUAGCCUUAAAUCGUCAAUGCCUCCCCAAACGUCGCCACCCUGUACUGAGACAACUGAUUCGCCCCCGCAAACAUUACAUAUUGUAACGAUAGCUAGUUCGUCAGCUUCAACGCAACCAUAUCCUAUGAUUACUACAAGUUCCGGUGCUAUGCCGAUCGAUAUCGAUGCACCACCAAUGCUGUCAGAACAAAUUUUACCGUUCCGCAAUGGUACUGCCAGUGGCGCUAUUGUUGCCACUGCGGCUCCAUCAAGCGAAACGGCUAAAUUGCAUCGUAUGACUUCAACGUCGACUGGUUCUAGUGUCGCGCCUAUUGGCUGUUGUGCUACAAGUAAAACUUCUGCACGCGACAAAAGCAAGCAACGUAUCAAACCUCUUGUACCAGCCGGCCAAAGCGGCAGUGAUGAUGAAUAUCGUGGUCGUAAACGUAAAUACAAACGUUAUCAUCGUUGUUCAGAUCCAAUAUUAGUUUAUCCCAAACCAAAUGGCUUACAACAUUGCAUACUUGCUAUGCCAACCAAUGAGCCUGUACAAUAUCCUUACAGCGAAGAAUACUCUUAUGAUACGCAACUGCAAAUAGAGUCCGAUAAAAACGAUGACUUGGAAAAGAUUGUACCAAGCAGCAGCACAAGACGAAGACAUCGCAAGCAUCGGUAA